AUGAUACCGGAAGAGCGCACCCUAGUGGAGAACGUCGAGACGCACCUCACGCAACUCCAAGGGCGUAUGUGCUCCAUGCCAUCAGAUGAAGCUUUACUUCGUGUCAUCCAGCUGAUGGACGGGACCGCCGCCAAUAUACGCGAAAUUUUCAACGCACGACGACCUCUUCUCUCCAUCCCCACAGAGCUGCUACAAAUCAUCAUGGCAUUCAUCCCCGAUGCGGUGAAGUCGGACAUGCUUCGGCCGGUUUGGGACGCCGAGAUGUACGACACGGCGAUGAUCAUCCCCAUAUCGCAGACGUGCCGACGGCUACGCCAAGUUGCCCUGGGAUGUCCCGCCCUCUGGACAAGCAUCACGGAGGGCCCGCCUUCUCGUGCUCGCCUAUUUGCGCAGAGGAGUCGAGGUAUGCCCCUAGAGCUAUUCCUGCCCGUCGGACGGAUUUCAGAGUACGUCCCGGCCGACGUGGCCAAGGAUCUCCGGAACAGGCUGCGGGUGCUCCAUGUCAGGGAUUCUGCAGGCCGCAUAACCAGGGAUGCCUUGCAGGACAUACUUACUGAAGGCCUUCUGCCUCACCUCGAGUCGCUUUCCGUCCAGUUCUACGAGCAUCCGGACCCGAGCGAGGAAGAAUCUGAACAAUGGGGGUAUUUUCAUGAUGUGCCCGAUUACACCUACCCGGAGUACGUCCCUCGACUCAGACGUGUCUGUUUGGAGUUAUGCUACCUCGACACGCCCGGUUUCCUCUUCCCCGUCACCCACCUUGCGAUCAAGAAUGUUGAUUAUUUCUAUGCCCAAUCAAAGAUACAGCGCAUAUUGGCCUUUUGCGACACUCUUGAGUCCCUGCACCUCGAAGAUGUCAGGGAUUACCCAGACCCACUCCAGCCGGAUCCGCCGUUCGCCUUCGACUGCCAGACGCCACGCACGCUUCACGCCUGCCGCCGCCUCCGCCGGGUGGCGCUACUGAAGAUGAACGGUCAUCUGGCGUCAUACAUCCUCUCCCAAGUGCUGGCAGAUCAAGACGGUCUCGCACUGCAGCUACACCACCUCCGGACGCCUCUCGACCCCGUGCUCCCCCGUGACCUCCUCGCUGGGACGUCGCUGCUCAACAUAGGGCGGUACCCCUAUCGUUCAAGCACCGACGUUGACUACUCUUUUUUAUGGGGGAUGACUGCGAGCGGGCCUCGACGCACGUACCGCGCGACCACGGCUACGUUACUGGACACGGUCGCCCCGUUGCUCCGAGGAGGACCUCAGGCGCUUGGCACCGUGCGCGAGCUGUGGCUUACGGACGUCCCGCCCUCCACCGGCCGUCAGAAGGACUUGCUAGCCACAGAAUCUGCGCUCCUGCUCAAGAAAACCAUCGCGGCCAUGCCUGCCCUCGACACCUUCGUGCUGGCCAACCAGAUGCAGAUCGACUGGAUGUGCGCGCGCCCGAGCUUGGCCCUCUUGCCUGACAUGCGCGACGCGGUAUCAUGGCCGCCAAUCACCACAUUACGCAUCGUGUACGGAUACCGCCCCGAAGUGCGGAAUGUACAGAACCAGAACGCAUGGCCGUGGCCCAAGCUCGUGCCCGUGCCCGUGCCCGUGCUAAUUCUCGCGGGCAUCCUGUGCGAACUCGCGUCGGGCGCAUACGACUACCUGGAGCACCUCGUGCUGGAGAUUCCGCACCGCGUAAGCGUCAAUCAGGGAGAGCUUGCACGGCUUCGAGAACACUUUGUGACGGCGGAGGUUAAGGUGAUGGACGACAUGCCGGAGAUGGACCUCCCAGCGUACUGCGUCGAACCGGGUGCGUGGCCAAAGAGCGUCAAGUCGGAGCCGUGGCCGAGCACGCUCUGGUAA